UAUGUACCCCAACCAGGAGCAGGGCAUGUACCCUGCAGAGGGGGCCACCCAAGUCCCAGUUGGUACUGCGGUGCCUGACAAGCUGCUGGAAGAAAUGCUUUGGUUUUUUCGGGUAGAAGAUGCCUCUCCUUGGAAUAUUUCCAUCUUGGUCCUGGUGGGUGUGGUGGUCGUGAUAAGCAUCGUCCUUCUGGGAAGGAACAUCAAGGCCAGGAGAAAGCAAAAGAAGCUGCCACCGGCAAAACAAACUCCAGAGGCCUUGGCUGAGACCAGAACCAAAGAUGACAACAGUGUGAACAUCGUAAGAGAGACUCUGCUCUCAGAAAAGCCAGAUUUGGCCCAGGAGGAAAUUGAGUUAAGAGAUUGAGAGAGAGAGAGAGAGAGAGAGAGAGAGAGAGAGAGAGAGAGAGAGGGAGAAGGAAGAGAGAGGGGUGU